CGAAUGAAUAAGUUACAAAAUGAGCUUGAGCUACAAAAAGAAGACAAAGACAAGAGAGAGAAAAAGGUGAACUAUAGACGAGUAUGGGGGCCUCCGGAAUAAAAUCCUUCAUUGCCACGAGGAUGAGCAGCACAGAGGAACAAGCGGGCCCCGUGGAGCACAUCUGUCACCAUGGAAUCUCGAUGGAACUCUUCCUGCACCUCUCCCUGAUCCCAGCUGUGGCCAUUGUAGUUGUGCUGUCGUCACUCCAGAAACGAGUCCAACGCCUUCCCAUCGAUCACACACUGCCCUUCCUGGAGGGACGUUUUGCCAUCGUAGUGCCGCUGGACACCAUCGGCAGCCUCAGUAACCGUUGGUCCUACGGGUUUGCAUUUGGUGCGGUGUCCUCCAGUGUCCUGCUGCUUUUUUCUGAACGCUACAUCCCCUUCGACGUCCCCCCAUGGGCAAGAGCCAUAGUCUACCUGGUUGGAGCUUUGGAGAUAGGCUUGGCUUACUUCCCUUUCUUUGCCUGCCUGUCCACACCUUUCAGAGGAGUCGGCGCUAUGUUGGGAAUACUCUACACUCUUUCCUGGAUCGUUGUUACUCUGUGGGACAUGGUGACCUGUCCUGCUGGUAAGGAGUUGGGACGUUACCAGAAGCUGAUCGCUCAGUGGCCCUGCAUCCUCUCCCUCAUCUUCCUCUUAGGACGGUACACCUACAUGCUGGUCAAGGCCAUCCGCAUAUUUCUGCAGCUGGAGGUGGAGGACCAACAGGAGCUGAUGGAGCAGCACCAGAUGCAGCAUGUGAAGAGAUUGCUGAGGAAAAUGCCAGAUCAUAGUGAGCCUGGGAGCUGGCUCCAGAGACGAGUAUAUAAGUGGGAUCCAUUCUUCAAGUUCCCCAACAGAAUCAUUGGCACUUCUGUCGUGUCACUCAUAGGCCUUUAUACGAUGACCCUGGCAGAUUACAGUCUUAGUGGCCUGGCCUUUGAUCAAUUGGACAUGUGGAAAAACACACUGGAACAGCUGGCUGCUUCCUGUAACCAGAGCCAAAUCCUGGCAGCCAUGAUACCACAACUGGAAGAGUUCAUCUAUGUGGCAAGAGAGUCUUGGUUCGCCACCACCAUCUUUGCCAGUCUCACCUCCGUUGUCUACACCCUCCAUAUCUUGGCCUGUUACAGGAAACACCUGAAGAGACUGUGGAAAGGAGAGAAGGGCUUUCUUCCUGAGAAGUUCCACAACCCUAGUUCUGCCGUUAGUGUGGCUGCCAUUGCAAGAUACUCUGGAUGGCAAAUAGCCUUUACACUAUGGGGUUACCUGAUUGUCCACUUUGUUCAGUUCCUGUUUGCUCUGUUGAUUGUCUACCUACUGGUCCUUCCUAUUCAGCAUGGCAGAGCCAUGGCCAUGCUCACCAACGUGGGGAUUAUACUUCUGACCAUUGGUCUAGUUAUUGGUCUAGUGAUUUUCCAGGUGGCUCUGGUCCAGGUCUUCUUUCUCCAAGACAAGAUAAAUCCCACUGAUAGACAGAAACCUCUGGCUCUAAAUAACAGGAAGGCCUUCCACUGCUUCAACUACUUCUUCUUCUUCUACAAUGUGGUGAUGGGACUGAGCAACUGCAUCUGCAGGCUGCUGUCCAGUGUCAUUGUGGGGACAUGGCUGGUGUCGCGUAUUGACCGAACUAUUAUGCAGAGGGGAUACGAAAGUAUGGAUCCCGGGUACAGCACAUGGAUUGGUAUGAUCUUUGCUGACCACUAUCAUAACAAUCCAGUGAUGGUGUGUUUCUGUCAGCUCCUGAUCUCCAAAACUCUGGAGAGACAUACUGUUGCUAGGUACUCCACGUUCAACAACACAUCAUCAGAAUCUCUUGCCAAGAGCAAGGCCAAGAGGCGCUGGACACUCUUUUACACUUUGCUGAAGAAUCCACAUUUGAUCCUUCUGAGGAAACACCUUGCCACCUCCUCUUCAUCACAACCAACAUCAUCCUCAUCAUCACAGUCAGACAAUCAGCAGCCCAAUCAGCAAACAGUGUUGCAGACUUGGGUCAUGGCCUCACAGGCUCAGAACGGCCAAAUACUGUCCCGUUCAUCAAGGGACACCACAGAUCACAGUCUCACCGGCUAAACACUUGAUGAAGCAUGGAUUCGAAAAUAUAAAAUUUUAUGCUGGUUCAGAUCUCUUGUGCGAAAAAGGUGAUUGGGCCUCUGCAUUGUAAAAGGAGAUCUUUGUUUUUAUUUCACUCUUGCUCUGGGUGUUGCAAAAUGAAUUUCUGAUUUUAUACCAGUGAUUAGUUUCAUAAGAGGUUUUCCCAAUAGUCCAUGUAUUAAAUUUGAAAAAUGAGCCACAUCACACUGGCAUGUCAGUUCUAUAUUUGCUCACCAACCGAGUUUUGACUGUUCAGUUGUUUCUGCUCACAUGUCAACUAUUACAUCUGCCUGUUUUAUUUUGAUUUGCCUGUUAAUUGACUGAAUGCAGUGUUCCGAUUAAACGUGUAA